AGGUUGGAUUCCUUCAAAAUGAUUCGUGUGAUUGGCAAAGGAUCAUUUGGCAAAGUUUUCCUUGUUAACGAAAAGAAAACAAACCAUAUCUAUGCGCUCAAGGUGCUUCGGAAAGACAAUAUAAUAAGGCGAAAUCAGGUCGAGCACACGAAGACCGAACGUAGUGUUUUGGGCUAUGUUCGUCACCCAUUCAUUGUUGGUAUGAACAUGGCCUUCCAGUCGAAGGACAAAUUGUAUUUUGUUUUGGACUUCUGCGCAGGAGGGGAGCUAUUCUUUCACCUUGGCAAGCUUGGCAAAUUUCCAGAACCUCGUGCGCGGUUUUACGCAGCAGAAAUAUUGACAGCGCUGAACUAUGUGCAUUCUCUGGAUAUAGUUUACCGCGAUUUGAAGCCCGAAAACGUCCUCCUUACUGCCCAGGGUCACAUUCGACUGACAGACUUUGGUUUGUCCAAAGAAGGAAUCAGUAAUAGUUCUUCUGGAGCGCACAGUUUCUGCGGAACACCAGAAUAUCUCGCUCCAGAAAUUUUGAGUCGCCAAGGCCAUGGUCGAGCUGUAGAUUGGUGGAGUCUAGGUGCGUUGCUAUACGAAAUGCUUACAGGUCUUCCACCGUUUUAUUGUCAAGAUCGCGACAAAUUAUUCCAUAAAAUUCAGAGCAGCGAUCUUCUUUAUCCAGCAAGCGUAUCCUGUUACGCGAAACGCGUUUUACAAGGACUUCUAACAAAGGAUCCGGAGAAACGGCUUGGAAGUGGCAAAACUGAUGCCACGGAAAUUAAGUGCCACAUCUUUUUUGAAGAAAUUGACUGGGACAAACUUGCACGCGGCGAGAUUUUGCCGCCCUGGAGACCAGAAAUAUCGGGCAACCUCGAUACUAGCCAGUUUGACAAGGAAUUCACGAAUAUGCCAGUUUUCAGUCCCCCAAGUAUGCAGCGCAAUCACGUUUUUGGUGCUACACCAAGCGACUCCCACUUUGAAGGAUUUACGUAUACAGAUCGAGGAGUGCUGCGUGGAUAUGAAGCAAAGGCCGGACGUUAG